AUGGCGGCGUGUGUGAUCGCAGUGUGUAUGAGUGCGGUGUGUAUGAGUGCAGUGUGUAUGAGUGCGGUGUGUGUGAUGGUGGCGUGUGUGAUGGCGGCGUGUAUGAUCGCAGUGUGUGUGAUGGUGGCGUGUGUGAUCGCGGUGUGUGUGAUGGUGGUGUGUAUGAGUGCGGAGUGUAUGAUCGCAGUGUGUGUGAUGGCGGCGUGUGUGAUCGCGGUGUGUGUGAUCACAGUGUGUAUGAUUGCGGUGUGUAUGAGUGCGGCGUUUGUGAUCGGAGUGUGUGUGAGUGCGGUGUGUGAUGCCGGCGUGUGUGAUCGCAGUGUGUAUGAGUGCGGUGUGUAUGAGUGCAGUGUGUAUGAGUGCGGUGUGUGUGAUGGUGGCGUGUGUGAUGGCGGCGUGUGUGAUUGCAGUGUGUAUGAGUGUGAUCGCGUGUGUGUGAUCGCGGCGUGUAUGAGUGCGGCGUGUGAGAUCGCAGUGUGUGUGAUCGCGGUGUGUGAUCGUGGUGUGUAUGAGUGCGGCGUGUGUGAUCGCGGUGUAUGA